CUUCCUGAGGUCAUUCACUGUGGAGGACAGGAAGAAGUCACCUCGGAUGUUGUUCAGUGCUGUGAUUGUCUGUAGUUGUGACCCGGAGCUCCGAACAGCACCAUGAGCAGCAGAGUGUGUGGGAGAGUCCUGCAGAGGCUGCACACACCCGGAUCCGCUCCUGCUGCGGCCCCCUCGGGCAGCUGGAGCCGGAUCUCGUCCCCCUCCUGCAGACUCCGGGCUGGCCCGAGGUCUGAGCCCCCCAGCAGAGGACUGGCAGUGACGGGCAGGGGCCCCAUGAAUGUGUUCAACAGGGAGAUGAAGAAGAGGCAGAAGAACUGGGCCGCGACGCUGCAGGACGGUCACCAGUACGACUACCUGAGGGACGAGGUUGGCAGUCGAGUGGCUGAUCGGGUCUAUGACAUUGCGAGGACGUUUCCCCUGGCGUUGGACAUCGGCGGUGGAAAAAGUCACAUUGCAGAGCAUUUAAACAAAGACGUCGUGGAGCGUCUGUUCCUCACCGACGUCUCAGAGAAGACUCUGAAGCAGAGCAGACGGACGGAGAUCCCCACCACCUGCGUCCUGGCUGAUGAGGAGUUUCUGCCGUUUAAAGAAAACACCUUCGACCUGGUGGUGAGCAGCCUGAGCCUGCACUGGAUCAACGACCUGCCAGGUGCUCUCAAACAGAUCCACCAGGUGCUGAAGCCGGACGGGGUCUUCAUCGGGGCGAUGGUGGGCGGGGAGACGCUCUACGAGCUCAGGUGUUCCCUCCAGCUCGCCGAGACUGAGAGGGAGGGGGGCUUCUCCCCCCACGUCUCCCCCUACACCGCCGUCACCGACCUGGGCAACCUGCUGGGCCAGGCGGGCUUCAACAUGCUCACUGUGGAUAUUGAUGAAGUUCAGGUUCAAUAUCCAGGAAUCAUCGAGGUCAUGACUGACUUACAAGGAAUGGGCGAGAGCAACUGUGCGUGGAACAGGAGGUCGCUGCUGCACAGAGACAGCGUGUUGGCAGCAGCAGCCAUUUAUAAAGAGAUGUAUGGUGACGAGGACGGCUCCGUUCCCGCCACCUUCGAGAUCCUCUACAUGAUUGGCUGGAAGCCUCACGAGUCACAGUCCAGACCCGCGAAGCGAGGCUCGGCCACGGCAUCUUUCGGGGAUCUGUCAAAGAUCAGUCAGCCGACCGGCGCAGACAAGUCACAGCGCCGCUGACACGUCCACACACUGUAAAUAAGAGACUGUAUUUAAACAACUGUGUUUUGGAGGCAGGUUCAAUGUAAUAUUCUCUGAAAUAAAGCUGAGCAGUGAAAACCACAA